GAAUAAAUUGCAGCCUUUCUGAAUUGAUAUUUGCACUUAGCUAUUGUUAUUUUGGUUUUAUUUGGAUUUUUCGUGUAGUAUCUACUGCUGACUAACGAAGGCUCCUGAUGUUCUGGUUUGUAAGUAUUUAUUCUAUUUUUUCUCUCCAUCAGUCUGGGGAGACAUUGCCAGAUGGUUGUCACUCAGUGCUGUGCAACCCAUCAGGAACGGUAAUGGCACAGAGCCACCGCAUCAACUGUGAGAAGAUGGAGCCCCCAGCCCUCCACUACAAUCACAUCUACGGCUGUACCUGGACCUGCCCCUGUAGUUGUAUGGGCAGCUUCACUAGUCACGCUGUGUCAUUUUUGGUUGCGGCUCUGAAGCUGAGAGCCGCUUGCUCCUAUUUGCUGCUUCGCUCAGGAGGGGCGGAGCUAGUGUUGCAUACAGCUGCCUGUCAAAGCAUGACCAAUCAGAUCUGAAUGAAGAGUCUGGAGCUGAGAGAGGGCAGGAUGAAUGUGGUGCUACAGGAUGACAUGCAAAGUGCAUCCAUUGCAAAGUUCACUAAGUUAGCAGUGAGGGUCAACAUGUUGUCUGUGUUGCAGGCGACUGUGGGCGGUGUAAUUACUGCUGUCCCAUUCAGGAGUGAGGGAGUGACUGUCACACAGAUUGGUGCAAUACUGCACCUGCUGAGAUCAGAGCAGCAUGGAUUCACACUCACCUUCACUCCCCACAGCAAUCAAUUUAUGCUCAAUAUGGACAUCGCCAUGAAACCCAACACCACUGGCUUAUGUGGUACAAUCUCUGCUGAUCACACAGGUCUGGUGUUUUCUGACGGCCGAGUGACCACAGACCCUGACGUGUAUCUGAAGGAACGGGCUCUGGAUGAGUGUGUCCAGCAUCAGGAGGAUCAGUCGUGUGCCGUGGGGGUGACGAAGGGCUGCGAUGUGUUGAACUCUGAGGUGUUCAGCCGCUGUCACGCGCUGGUCCCCCUGCAGGACUAUGUGCAGAUCUGCCGGACCGCGGCCUGCCAGCCUAAUGCUGUGUGUGACCUUGUUACUGUCCAGCAGGGAGUGUGUGACUGGAGGACUGGAGUCUUCUUGUACAUUAUUAAAGGUAUCAUGAAAAUCCAUGUCAUGCUCAGACGAAGCAGAUGUUUGGAGCAGUGCGGACGGGGACAGUUCUGUCCUGGUGACAUGAUGGGUGAUGGUUUAAUGAAGGGCAGUGGAUCAGCGUGCUUGAACACCCCCACAGAGGGCUGUUUCUGCCCUGAAAGGUCCGUGUUAAUGGAAGAUAAGUGUGUAAGCGAAGAGACCUGCACCCAGUGUCUGGACCACCAUGAGAAAACCCACAAAGUUUUAUAAAACCAAUAAGCCUCUGGCAGUCUCAUGAUUCUGGUGUGUGUGUGUCUGGAUCAGCAGCGCAUUAACUGCACAGUGUUGCCUUGCAUCAAUGCUGAAGCCCCAGAGUGUGGACAAUGUGAGGUUCUUCGGGAGAAGACGGGAUCUGAGUGCUGUACACGUGUGUCUAUUGUGUGUGACCUGAACUGUAAGCGGUCAGAUCCCCCUCACUGCACUCACAGGCUCAGUGUUGUCCUCACAAACCCAGGAGAUUGUCCGCCUAUUUACUGCCCUCUCUCAGUUUGCAAAAAGGAUCAGUGCCCUGUGACAACAACACCAUCCUGCCCUGCAUACAAGUCACUGUCGGUCACACUGUCGGAGUGCUGCGAUUCAUGUGAAUGUGUGUGUGACUGUCAAAACAUCACUCGCACCUGCCCCCCGGGCUACAUCACGGAGACCACCACCAAUGAUUGCGGCUGCAUAGAGGUCACCUACACGCCCGAUAAGGUGUGUCUGGUGGACGCUGUGGUCUACCAGGUGGAGAGCAGGUGGGAAGAGAAGUGUUAAAGCUACACCUGCACGGAGCAAGUAGACUGAGAGACCGGCCUGCAUAUUGUUCAGUGUGUGGACCCUGUCUGCAACCAGAUCUGUCCUCUGGUGCGUCCUUUCUUUCCAGUGGAUGUCUGCAUGCUGAAUCAAACUGUUAUUGCGGCUGGUGAGCGAGUGAUGCUGGAUGUGUGCACACUCUGUGAGUGUGUGAGAGAUAAGAGGAGUUAUCGGCUCUCUUGCAGGAAGAUGAGCUGCUCCCCCUUCUCAGAACACCUGUAUACACUGGAGCCGAUACCUAAUGCUUGCGGUGGACGUUGUGUAGUUACUGCAUGUAGCAUCCGACGAUCUGAUGGACAGCUGGUCACUCUGAAAGCAAAUGCAAUGCGUACAGAUGGCUGCACUAAACACACAUGCAGUGUGAAUAAAGAUGAAGAACUGGUGCUGGAGAUGCUGUUUGACCGCAAACGCUGUCUGGAACAUGGGGGUAAAAUAAGCCAGAUUGGAGACACUUGCUGUGAGAUGUGUACUGAGCCAGAGUGCAGAAGGACUGUGGGUUUGCUGAAUUACAUUAGAGUGGAUGACUGCCAGUCAGAAGAGAAGAUAGAACUCACUUUAUGCAAAUCUCACUGUGGCAGCAAGUCUAUGUACUCACUGGACAAGCACAAGGUCGAGAGUGAGUGUGUGUGUUGCUCAGCUACAGGCACGGUGCCCAUGAAUGUUCCCCUGCGCUGCGCUAACGGCACACAAACACACCACCAAGUCCUCGCCAUCACCGGCUGCGACUGCAUAUCACACGCUUGUCCAACCAACUGA